AUGGUUGUGGGCGUCCUGGCCAUCGUCCCCUCGUCACCAACAUGGGGCUCAUGUUUGGCAAAACCCUCCCCGCUCAGCCAAUGCGCUGCCCCAUUGACCCCGAACGCGGAUCCCGGGUGGGGCCAGGCUCCCCACCCCUCCCCCGCCUUGUACUGA